CUAAGCUGUCUAAACUGUUCUGGUUAAUAUAUUUUAGUCAUCAAUAUUAGAUAGCUAAUGUCAGUUUGCUUACUAGCUAACUGAAAAUGGAUAACGACAUUACUGAGGAGGAAACCCAUGCUGGCACCACACGCUGCAGGGGUUUCAUAAAAAAAGCAUGGGCUUACCUUCUGCAGAAUACAUUUCAAGCAGCUGUUGUCCUGGGCGUAGCCCUGGGCUUGACUCUCAAUGCCUAUGCCGACAGGGACACACUCGACCAGCUCCACAUCGGCUUUCCAGGAGAAAUGCUCAUGCGGAUGCUUAAGGUGGUUGCCGUUCCUCGCAUUAUUACAAAUAUAAUAAUGGGUGUUUCUUGUCUAGGCGUUCACUCUUCCAGGAAAAUCAUUCUACGUUCUACAGCAUACAUUUUGUGCACUACUCUGAUAGCUGCGAUUGUAGGGAUAACACUGGUAGUGUUGAUCAAGCCAGGAGCUGAAUAUGCUGUUAAAAAAGAACAAGAAGAAGAAAUAGAAGAUCGGGCCUUCUCCACUGUCGAUGUCCUGAUGGAUCUUAUAAGGAACAUGGUCCCAAACAACCUGAUUCAGGCCUGCUUCCAACGGUUCAAGACUGAUAGGACGGACUUUGAAGUUGAAGACUAUGAUUACAAUAGUAGCAUGAUGACAAAUGUGACAGAAGUGGGGGGCCACUAUGUUAACGGAGUCAACACAUUGGGUCUGAUUGUCUGGUCUUUGGUUUUUGGCGUGAUCCUCAACAAUAUGGGAGAAAAGGGGAAAAUCCUUGUUGAGAUCGUUACUGUCAUCAACGAGGCAACAAAAUGUAUAAUCAACUUGAUUUUGUGCUACUUGCCAGUAGGAGUGCUGUUCAUGAUUGCAAGCAAUGUUGUGGAGAUUUACAGCUGGGAAACUAUCUUCAAGCUGGGAGGGUUUGUUUUAACAGUUUUGAUUGGACUUUUAAUCCAUGCAGCAAUAGUUUUACCACUGAUCUAUUUCGUCUUUACAAGAUGUAGCCCCUUUGCUGUUAUCAGGGGGGUUUUUCCUGCCUUAAUCACUGCACUGGUCACCUCAUCCAGCUCUGCCACAAGUCAAGUCAUUUUCAGAUGUUGUGAGGAGCGACUGAAGAUCGACAGAAGAAUCCUUCGUUUCAUACUUCCCAUUGGGUCCAACCUCAACAUGAACGGAACUACCAUUUAUGAAGUGGUCGCAGCAGUUUUCAUUGCCCAACUCAACAAAAUUCAACUGGACUUGGCCCACCUAUUUACCGUUGCUGUGACGGCAGCAGUGGCCAGCACAGGAGCAGGGCUCCCAGCUACAGGAGCAGUGACCACUCUUUUUGUGUUGGCGGCGGUUGGUUUACCUGCAAAGGAAGCCUCCACUCUGGUGGUUGUAGAAUGGCUCCUAGACCCCUGCAACACGGCUAUCAACGUCCUGGUAAACUGCUUCGGCGCAGCACUCAUUUACAGAGUGUCAACACAAGAACUGGAACACAUGACAAGGAGGGAUGCCGCGAAUCUUGAAAAUAUUCAGAUCAACGUCAGCAGCUCUGAUGAUGACAUUUUUCACAGCGAUUCGUCCCAGAACGAGGACAUUGGUCUCCAGAACCUGCACACCCCACCAGAAUAUAUGUCAGUCCAAGACAGCGAUGACCAGAAUGUGUAGUGUCAACUCAGAGUACAACAGGGACAAAUAGGGUGGACUUCAUUUGAAUUGCAUUGAUGCAACAGAUGUGCUGUAGUUAUUGAACUGAUGUAAUAGAUGGUAGUUAUUGAAUUGAAUUGAUGUAAUGGAUGUAGUUAUGGAAUUGUAAUUUGAAUUGAACAGGAUUUAUUUCAGUAUUUAUUGUUAAAUAAAUAAAUGAGGUAUUCAGGUAUUUCAGGAUUCCUAGUUUCUGUGGUUUAACGUUAGCUGGACUCCAAUCUAUUUAAACAACAAGGGACACAGCAC